GGUCGAACAUCUUUACGAAUUCGUUUCUACGUUGAAACAUAUUCCUUUAUAACCUUUCUGUAAAUGUCAAUUAUUCGUAUGUGGUGUUGUUGUUUCCAUACAAAUCAGGAAAAUGGAAACAAUAUUAGAGCAACAACGACGCUAUCAUGAAGAGAGAGAAAGAUUGAUGGAUGCAAUGGUCAAGGAAAUGCUUUAUAAAAAACCAGGCCACAGAGAAAGUAUAAAUUCCGAGCAUCGAUUAAAGAUGCUACUUGAUGAGUACAUGGACAGUACUUUACAUUUGCAGGAUUUGUACGAGGAUAAAGAUGGACAAAGGAAGGAGGAAGUGCAAGCACUCUCUGGGCCAAAUGAAUUUUCCGAGUUUUACUCUCGAUUGAAGUCCAUAAAAGAGUUUUACCGCCGACAUCCCAACGAGAUAAGUAUUCCAAUGUCUGUAGAAUUUGAAGAAUUGGCCAAAAUGCGAGAGAACCCUACCGAAGACUUUUCAAAUCUUGUUGAAUUUACGGAUGAAGAAGGUUAUGGAAAGUACCUUGACCUCCACGAAUGUUACGAAAAAUAUAUUAACCUUAAGGGAAUAGAAAAAAUCGAUUACAUCAUGUAUUUAUCAACUUUUGAUCAUUUAUUUGAUAUUCCAAGGGAAAGAAAAAAUGCUGAAUAUCAACGAUAUGUGGAAUCUCUAUUGGAAUACUUGAAUGAUUAUUUGAGUAGAGUUAGACCUUUGCUUGAUUUGAAUGCAGAACUUCAAGAAGCAAAUAAAGAAUUUGAAACACAAUGGGAGAAUAGUACAUUUCCUGGAUGGCCAAAAGAAACUGGCAGUGCUUUAACUCAUGUAGGAGCUCAUUUAGAACUUUCUGCUUUUUCUUCCUGGGAAGAGCUUGCAUCUCUUGGAUUGGACAGAUUGAAAUCAGCUCUAAUGGCUUUAGGUUUGAAAUGUGGUGGGACACUCGAAGAAAGAGCUCAAAGACUUUUUAGUACAAAAGGAGAAGCUUCUCUGGAUCCAAAUUUGUUAGCAAAAAAUAAUAGAAAUAGGAAAUCUGGGAAAGGAAGAAAUUCUGAAAAGCAAAGAGAUAUAGCAUGUUUAGAAGCUCAAGUAUACAGACUUGCAGAAUUGGUAUCCACUCAACGAGUGGCCACAAAAGAAAAUGUUCAAAGAAAACAAGCUAGAACAGAAGGUGAACGCGGAGAUUCGGAUGCAGAGGCUAGUGCUAGUGAAUCUGAAGAAGAAGAUGACAAUGAAGUUCCCUACAAUCCUAAAAACCUUCCUCUUGGAUGGGAUGGGAAACCUAUACCAUAUUGGCUGUACAAAUUACAUGGCUUGAAUAUUAAUUAUAAUUGUGAAAUAUGUGGGAACUUUACAUAUAAAGGACCAAAAGCUUUUCAAAGACAUUUUGCGGAAUGGAGACACGCGCACGGUAUGCGAUGUCUUGGUAUACCAAAUACUGCACAUUUUGCUAAUGUGACACAAAUAGAAGAUGCUCUAGCUUUAUGGGAAAAACUGAAGGCACAGAAACAAGCGGAACGUUGGCAACCAGAGCAAGAAGAAGAAUUCGAAGACUCCCUUGGAAAUGUAGUUAAUCGUAAAACAUACGAGGACUUGAAAAGACAAGGUCUUUUAUAAAAUAUUGGACUGACAUUAAACAUAAUUUUUGUAUACUACACUAUAUUACUGGUAAUAUUGUAUAUUCACAAAUAAUUGAAUGGCGAAUAAAAGCAUUGUGAAACU